CAUCCUCCACUCUGCGUCGCACUUGCUGCCACCAACUUCCUGGUCGGCCCUGGUCCUCAGUGCUUGCUGUGAGCAGUCGGGUGACUUCGCCUUCCACCUCAUGCACAUGAAAAUGGUUUUGUUUCCGGCCGUUCUGAUCCAGGAGCAGGGCUGAGUGCAGGGCAAGGGGGCCGGUGGCUGGAGGACCUCUUGAAGCCCUUCCCCACCCUGCAGUUGUUUCCUGGAAGGGCGGCCUGUGGUCACCAUGAGGGGCAGGAGGGCAGGGGUGGGCAGGGAGCUCCUGGUGCCUAAGGGGCUUCCUCCCUGCCAGGAAAAGCCGUCAGCACUUCUUGGAAUGGCUGUGGAGAUUCUGGAGCACCCCUGGACUUCCGUUCCCUGCGUCUUGCCCUGACUCGCUGCAGCUCACGCGGUCUGUAAAGCACGGAGGCCACCUCCACCCAGCACUAGAAUCUUCCCUCCGUGAAGAGAACAGGUCGGGACCAGUGAGGCCGGCUCCAUGUAUCCGGAAUCGACUACGGGCUCCCCAGCUCGGCUCUCCCUGCGGCAGACCGGCUCCCCCGGCAUGAUCUACAGUACUCGGUACGGGAGUCCCAAAAGACAGCUGCAGUUUUACAGGAACCUGGGCAAGUCGGGCCUGCGGGUCUCCUGCCUGGGGCUCGGAACAUGGGUGACCUUCGGAGGCCAGAUCACCGAUGAGAUGGCAGAGCAGCUAAUGACCUUGGCCUACGACAAUGGCAUCAACCUCUUCGAUACUGCAGAAGUCUACGCAGCUGGCAAGGCUGAAGUCGUGUUAGGAAACAUCAUCAAGAAGAAGGGCUGGAGACGGUCCAGCCUCGUCAUCACCACCAAGAUCUUCUGGGGAGGAAAAGCGGAGACCGAGAGGGGCCUUUCCAGGAAGCACAUAAUAGAAGGUCUGAAGGCCUCCCUGGAGCGGCUGCAGUUGGACUACGUGGACGUGGUGUUUGCCAACCGCCCGGACCCCAACACGCCCAUGGAAGAGACCGUGCGCGCCAUGACCCACGUCAUCAACCAAGGGAUGGCCAUGUACUGGGGCACAUCGCGCUGGAGCUCCAUGGAGAUCAUGGAGGCCUACUCUGUGGCCCGGCAGUUCAACCUGAUCCCGCCCAUCUGCGAGCAGGCCGAGUACCACAUGUUCCAGCGCGAGAAGGUGGAGGUGCAGCUGCCCGAGCUCUUCCACAAGAUAGGAGUGGGCGCCAUGACCUGGUCCCCUUUGGCCUGUGGCAUCGUUUCCGGAAAGUAUGAUGGUGGCAUCCCACCCUACUCGAGAGCCUCCUUGAAGGGCUACCAGUGGCUGAAGGACAAGAUCCUGAGUGAGGAGGGCCGGCGCCAGCAGGCCAAGCUGAAGGAGUUGCAGGCCAUCGCCGAGCGCCUGGGCUGCACCCUCCCCCAGCUGGCCAUAGCCUGGUGCCUGAGGAAUGAGGGGGUCAGCUCCGUGCUCCUGGGCGCUUCCAGCGUGGACCAGCUGAUGGAGAACAUUGGAGCUAUACAGGUCCUUCCAAAACUGUCGUCUUCCAUUAUCCACGAGAUCGAUAGUAUUUUGGGCAAUAAACCCUACAGCAAAAAGGACUACAGAUCCUAAGAAGCCCCGGCCACUUGCCCGGACAGUUUCCGUUUCCCUCCUAGUCUCUGUUCGCUCGCUUAAGCUGUUCUGAAUCCAAGUCAAGAGUGUGGUUCGCAUCAAAAAGAAAACAACGCACCAAGACGUCAUCGGGAAAAGAUCUCUUAAGUCGCUGCAAGACUCCGUCUGCUGCUUCGCAAGACCGAUGUCAGAUCGUGCCAGGGAGACGGCAUUGAUUAGGAAGGACAUUCGGUCAGUCCCACCCAAGCCCACCGCCUCUGCUCAUCCUCCAAGAAGAAACCACCACGUGUUCUCCCAGCCAUGGCCCUUCUCAGAGACUCCUCAAGUCCAGGCCAGGCCAAGACCCGGUUGGGUCCUGUGGGCAGGCAGGGCUGGCCUCUCCUCUGCCAAGAACCCCCACCUGGUGUUGGGGGAGGGAAAGAGGACACCGGAUCUGGCUCUUCCUGUGUCCCCCUCUGCCAGGGCCCUGGCUCUCCCCACUGGGGGUUUCCCUCUUGCCAAGGGCUCUGGGUUCCUUCCACUGGGGCUGACCUCAGAUUCUUCCCCAACCCCCUUCUCCACCACCACCCACCCCAGUGGGUCUCUGAGGGGCCUUCCGUUCUGUCCCUUGACACCUACCUCCUCCCUUGCUGGCAGGGGCAGGGAUCCAGGGGGAUUGGCUCUGCAGUUUGGGACACACAAAAAGUUUGGAGGUCUGAUUUCCAGCUCAUCGCCCUCUUCCUCCCUGCACACAAUUGAUGAGCCCCAUCGCAGGGAGGCCCGGAGCACUUGGGAGGGGGCCUGGGGGAGCAGGCUCCAGCCCAGGUCCCUCCAGGGCCUUGCCUGCCCUCCCUGCUGGGUUCCCAGUCUAUUACCCCUGUCCUUGCCCCAGAAGGCCCUGAGGUCGUGCAUGCUUAGCUGGACUGUGGCUGCUGACCACACAUGGGGCGGCCUGCCUCUGCUCUGCCCCAGGGUGGUGGCCUUGGGGUCUGCAGAGGGAACAUGCUGAGACCCUUUCACUGAAGGAGGGUCGGGUCCCUGGGGAUUUCCAUGCUGCGUGCCCAGGGGCUGGGGGCCUGAACACCCAGCAGCAGCCCCCUCAAUAUAGGAAAAGACCCUGGGAGCCUCUCCCUGGAGAGGUGCCCCUUCGAGGCCCCGGAUCCGUUGGAAGCGAGGUGUUCGUCUUGGGGUGCUAAGUGUCUAGGUGCUCAGAGCUUGUGACCCGGACAGACAGGCUGCAGUGCCACCCGGGGAUCCCCUUCCACACAGCCUGUGAGAGGUGAGGAUGCUGGGGUUGGUCAUUCCUUUCCAUGCGCCACCCCAGCCUGGAGCAGAUUGGGGACAGGGAGAAAGGGCAUGACAGGCACAACUGUUGGCCCUUUUGCAGCCCCAGCCUGGGGCUGGGGGGGGAUCCCCAGCCUCGGUGGUCCUGGUGGGUACCCCAGCCUUUGCUGGCUACAUGGGGGCAGGAGCCAGGCUCUACAGAUGUGCCAGCUCACUCGGUAGGGGACGCUGUGUGCCUCCUGCCCCCACCUGGGCACACCCCCCACCCUCACGCUCCCCCAUCCUGCUUUGCCCUUCAUGGAAGCUGCUGUUCCGAGAGGCCCCUCCCUGCCCCCCUGCCUUGCUCAUUCUCAAAGGGCCUGCGUCCAGUCCGGCUGGGCUGAGGCCUGGGAAAUGGGAUCUAAAGACAGCCACAGAGGCCAGGGCGGAGGUGGAGAGGGAGAGACUUCCUCCACUCCCGACCUUUGUGCUGACCCUGGAGUCUAGAACAUUCCCCUUCCUCGUAGACCAGGCCCUUGGGAGUCUUCACCAAGUCUCCUACAAGCUUCGCCCUGUAGGUGUGGGGAGGGGUCAACACCUGUGCCAGCAGAGGUCCCUGGCCUGCAGCCACUCCCCACUGUCACAGAGAGCCGUGUUCUGCUCCAAGGACAUAGCCCUGCGCUGGGGGUUUCAUGGCCCCCUCAGCCAGUCCCAGUGGCUGGCUGUGCUGAGGGGCCAGAUCACCCACAUCUCACUGGGAACAGUGGCUGGGCCCCUCCAUACUGCUGCCCCCCAGCCCACCUACUGUUGGAAGAGGGACCAGGGCCUCCAGCGGGGCAUGAGCCACACCUGGGAAAGCCAAGCCCCUGGUGGCCAGACAUUUGCCAAACAGGGAGAAACAAGGGCCCCCAGGGUUGAGCUUGGCCAAGGCCAAAAUGCCCAGAGCCAGGACCCAAGCAGCUGCCCGGCUCUGGGGCACUGUCCACAGCCUGGUUCUGAGGUGUCCUAUUUUUUCACACUCACUUGCAGGGAGGACAGGGCUCUGUUUCCUGGGGGAGGGUCCCCCGACUUAGGAAGGGCCUGGAGUAGGGGAGGGGGGCUUGGCUGGAAGCCCAAGGGCAGUCAGAGCCUGGAAACGGAAGAGCCCGGCAGGGCCAGGCACUGAGGGGGUCCUAGACCUUGGCACGGGUUUGGGACCGGGCCAGCCCUCACCCUACCUGGUUGAGGGAAGCCCCUGCCGCCUGCCAGUCAGCCUCUCGCCCUCUCCUUGAAGCAGAAUUUGCCCUGUGAGGGCCCCUCCAGGAAUGCCCACACAGGAAGCAGGCCCCGUCUGGAGGCAGGGGCGGCUCAAUCUUCCUUGUUAGUGACACGUAGAGCCCCCACCAUUUCUCACCCCAAAUCUGUGGUCAAUUCCGAGGUCUGGAGGAAUGACAGAGGGGCUUGCUCCAUCUCCUGUUCUCUUCCAGUCAUGUAAAUAAUGUGCUUUUUUUCCUUCCCUUUUUUUUUAAUGACCGUGGUUCCUCAGCUAACUGCUUCCCUACGUAGGCAGAGAUGCCACAUGCCUCGUGCUUCCAAACGACACUCAGCCGAGACACAGCCACCAUAUUUAUGGAAUGACAUAAUAAAACCCAAGCCCAUCGGGG